CCAUUCUCAAGCUUUUGUUCUUCAUUUCGCCAUGCGCAGGGUGAGGACAUGUCUUUGAAUUUUCUACGCAGUAAGGCAUUAUCACAUGGUAUAACAAGCCGAUGCCACCUCUUCUUUUUCUGCUGGGAUUGAGGUUGGCGCUGACAUUCGUGCACGCAUCAAUUCGCUAGACGAGAAACAAUCAGUGCUGUGACCGGAGUAGAAGAAGUGCUUUCACGAGUUGUAAAUCUAUUUCUCCUGCUUGCUUCAACAUAAUAUAUAUUUAAGUUGAAAACUUUUACAGCACAAUGAAGGUCGACCGGCAGAAAAAGGUGUCGAAGGACUUGCGACGGUACAAGAUGACCUUCGGGUUCCACGAGCCGUACCGAGUCCUUUUCGAUCCGACUUUUAUCCACGUGGCGCUCGAGUCCAAAAUCCACAUUAAGGAGCAGCUGUGCAAAAUUUUGGGCACGCACAAGGUGACUCCGAUGGUCACCUCGUGCGGGCUCCAGGAACUGAAGCACCUGAUCGAAACGCGAGGCAAGGAGUUCAGUGGCGCACUGAAAAUCGCCGAGGGGUUCUACCAGAUCAAGUGCGGUUGUGGUGAAAAGGACAGGACGACAGCAGCGAAAGCCGCUGCCAGCGUGGCGAACCCUGGUGCAGCGCCGGAAGUAGUAGAGCAGGACUCCUCUGCGAAGAACAACAGUGUCGGCGCUGCGCAUGCGGCAGGUGGAGCUUCCAAGAAACACAAAUCAAAGUCAAUCUCUGCGGAGUGCAUCUGCCGGAUUUUCCAAACGUGUCCCAAGAACGCCGAUGGAGCGGCACUGCAAUCCGUCGCGGAGCAGAUCGUUUCUUCGGAUGCCACCGCCCCAAAGCGCGCUGGUUCCCCAUCUUCCACCUCAGCCGCUAGCGCAGCUUCGUCGUCGGUGGACGCAUCGACAGCAGGAACAGACGAGCAGAAACAGAAGGACAACCCCGCGAAGCUCAGGCGGGAGGAUGUGCAGGAACGUGGUAAGAAGAACUACCGCUGCUGGUUUGUAGCCACACAGGACGAAAAAGUGAAGCAAGUACUGCGACAAAUACCCGGAACCCCAAUUUUCACACUAAACGGCCAAGUGCCGCGGCUGGAACCGUUCUCAAAAGCUUCUAACUCCUUUCUUUCCGCGAGAAACGAAUCGCGCAUCGACGGGCUCUCUGAGUGGGAAAUCAACAAGUUGCCGGUGUUGCAAAACGAACUUCGGCAGCAGCAGCUUGCAUUGGAAGCCCGGAAGGGAAAGAAGAAAAAAAUGCGGGGUCACCGACCUAACCCGUUGAGCUGCAUGAAGAAGAAAAAGAAACCGGCUCAACAGCCUGCUGUACAAAAAAAGGACGACAAGGACGAUGGUGAGAAAAAGAAGAGGACGCGGAACCGAAAACGAAAAAAUCGGGGUGGCGCAGGUGCCGCACCCGAUCAAGGCCAAGCAGGGUGAGCAAGCAUGAAUUAUGACCGGAGUCGCUUGCAAGCUGCCUUUGCAGAUGUUGAUCAGGACAAUAAGAUAUUCAUGGUAUGAAAUGGAUCUAGUGCAUUGCUUUCUAUGUUCAAAAUUUCUACAAAAUCAGAAGCUAGCUGACAGAUGUCAACAGACAUUACAACUGAACGAU